GGGCUGGCUGUGUGAGCUGCUUCGAUGGAAGGAGAACCCCAGCCCGGAGAACAGAACCCUGUGGGACAACCUGUGCACCAUCCGGAGGUUCCUGGCGCUGCCGCAGGCCGACAGGGACCUGGCCUAUGAAGAGGAGUCGCGCCACCAUCACAGCGAGCGGCUGCACACCGUCCUCCACCUGCCGCAGGAUGCCCACGCGCUUCACAGACCACCGCCACACCCAGCAAAGGAGCACCGCCUGUCCCCGAUGCGAGAGGAGCCGUUACCUGCUCAGCCCACUGAGGAGAGGUCGCAGAAUGUGGGAGUCGGAGCAGCGGGUGGAUGUGCUCCCGCUGCUGCGGCAAGUAGCGCUGGCAGCAACAAGAAGCCACGAUCACGCACUAAGAUCUCCUUAGAGGCCCUUGGCAUCCUGCAAAGCUUCAUUCAGGACGUUGGUCUGUACCCUGACCAGGAGGCAAUCCACACCUUAUCUGCGCAGCUCGACCUCCCCAAACACACCAUCAUCAAGUUCUUCCAGAACCAGCGCUACCACGUCAAGCACCACGGCCGCCUCAAAGAGCUGGGCGAGGGGGCUGCCGCCAGCGGAGGGGUGGACGUGAGCGAAUACAGAGACGAGGAGCUGCUCUCUGGCUCCGAGGAUCCAGAGUCCAGUGAGGAUGGAGCCGAGGAGAUCUACCAGACGGCAGAGGGGAGCAGUGGGAGCACGGGAGGCCUGAACCAGCCCCCGCCCUCCUCCAGCUCCACCUCCACUCAGUCAUCCUCAGGUACCAACGCCGCUCAGGAGGACGGCAAGGAUAAGGGCCCCGGCCGACUCGGUGCUCCAAUGGUUCCUGGGAGCUCCUCAUCCAGUCCUCAGCAGCAGACUGACUACCAAAGGUAGAAGCUAGCAGACAUCAAGAGGGAAGAAAGUGAAGAAGAAAAAUCUCCUGGAACAUGGCGGCACGCCGAGCUGAGAUCCCGUUUGUUAAAAACGGCUCAGCUGACAGUUUAUUGUGACAAUCUCAGAUUUGUGGAACUUGUGAAUUUACCUCAGAAAAGACUGCAGGUUUCUAGGAGCGGUCGUACAGCUGUGAGAAAAUUACCACAAAAAAAAUGUUUUCAUCAAUUAGAUUUGUUUAAAAAAGGCAGAUAUGACCUUUGCUGCACCGGACGUCCCUCCUCCAAACCACCUGAGCACACCUCACGAGGAACAGACCCACCUGGUGAACUUUUUUCCUGCCUGGGCCUCCAUUCAUCAUCAAGCUUUAAUCCACUGAGGGGGAAAAAGGCCGAAUUCUACUUCAAAACUCACUGGUUUAGCACUUAAAGUUCACAAAGACAGACGCUUUUCAAGCCUGAUCUCCUGGAGGAACAGGAGGAUGAGGGGGGGCAGCAGAGAGACGCUCGGCCCCCGACCUCUUCCCUGCUCCACCCAUUAAAAGCGUGGUGGAAGGAAAAUAAAGGUUUAAAGACAGGGUCUAGAUGUUCUGCAACCAAACAAUCAGUCACUUUAUGUGCGGUAGUCGUCCCCCCCCCCCAGUCCUGCACUCAAACUUCACCCAGCCUAUUUAUUGCUAUCUUUAUCCCUGAUUAUUAUUAUGAUUAUUUUAAUAUUGUUGUUAUUAUGGUUAGGAUUGCUGUCACUGCGUGCUAUUUCUAGCUUUUAUUUCCAUGGUUUAAAACGGUGGUUUGCAGAACUGGGCGCCUGCGUGGACAACAGACAGUAAAAGUUUGCCGCUCUGUCAAAGCGGCGAGAGGGUGGACAAAAAUAAAGAGAAGCGGUUACUGAGUGUUACUGGGAAAUGUUGUUUAAUGCCAUUUUUUUUUUCUUAGCUUUGUCCCUGAAACGAUUGAGGAGAAAGAAGGAGGAAUCCAGUCUGCUUCUCUUUGCUGCAGUUGAUGACAAUCUACUUUAUGAGCUCUUUAAGAAAAGCGGCAGGUUUAACUCUGCUGGUAGCUUUUAAUGUGUGUAAAUACCCCCCCAAAAUGGGACAAAUUGCUGUUGUUAUACUUGUUCCUUUUAUUUUUUAAUGUUUGAGCCAGUUGGAGAAACUCAGUGGAAAAUCUCAUCGAGGCUAUUUAAAGAAAACAAAAAAACAUGCUCUUCUCAUUCCAUGUCUGCUUCGACCAUCCUGAUUGGCUGCUACGCAAACAGUGAGCUGCCCUUUCAAUCACUACUCUGUAUGAUGAUAUUGUGCUUUUCUGUAUGACAGGAAUCAGGGUUAGACUCAAGUAAUGAAAUCUUUUUGUCCAUAAAUGUUGAAGUGAAUUAAAAAAUUUGUGCAGUCAGAAAUGUCUCAUUUUUUUAUGUCCUCAGGAUCCUUUCAAAACAGAAAACAGUCAAAGAAAUACAAACUAUAAUGUGUGAUUGGUAAAACGAUCUUAUCU